GUCACGAGUUGUAGUCGAAAGGCAUUGUGGUCUAGAUCCGCCCGGAAAGAUUGUUUUAAAGUGUUUCUUGUCAUUCAAGGAUUUAAAACCCCGUUUUUACACGUUGUUUAGUGGUUACGUGUCAUAUUGAUACAUAGUCAGUUCUAGCUAUUUAUUGACGUUUUGAAGAAACAAGUUGGCAAAGGAUUUAUUAACUUUUUGAGCACCACUAUAACCUCAAUCUCCCAGGACUUGAUGCCCGCUGCCAUCCUGAUAUUUUUAACCCAUUGAUGAACCCAUCUCGUACUGGGCCAAGAUGAAAGCUCUGAUCCUAGUCGGUGGCUAUGGGACUCGACUCAGACCUUUAACCCUCAGUGUCCCUAAACCACUGGUGGAGUUUGCCAACAAACCCAUCCUUCUGCAUCAAGUUGAAGCCCUGGUCAAGGCUGGAGUUAACCAUGUGAUCCUGGCUGUCAGUUACAUGUCCGAUCUGUUGGAGCGAGAGAUGAGGGUUCAGGAAGAGAGGCUCGGUAUUAGAAUCUCCCUGUCACAUGAGAAGGAACCCCUUGGAACAGCCGGUCCUCUUGCUCUGGCCAGAGAUCUGCUAACGGACAACGACGAGCCAUUCUUCGUCCUCAACAGUGACGUAAUCUGUGACUUCCCCUUCGAGGACAUGUUAAAGUUCCACAAGCACCACGGCAGAGAGGGGACCAUUGUGGUGACGAAGGUAGAGGAGCCGUCGAAGUAUGGCGUGGUGAUGUACGAGGUAGAGAGCGGGCGCAUCCACCGAUUUGUGGAGAAACCCCAGGUGUUCGUCUCCAACAAGAUCAACGCUGGGAUGUACAUCUUUAGCCCAACCAUGCUCAAGAGGAUCAAGCUCAGGCCCACCUCUAUUGAGAAAGAGAUCUUCCCGUUCAUGGCCGAGGAGAACCAUCUCUACGCAAUGGAGCUACAAGGGUUCUGGAUGGACAUUGGUCAGCCUAAGGACUUCCUGACGGGGAUGUGUAUGUACCUGCAGUCUGUACGACAACACACACCUGACAGACUGAAGACUGGGCCUGGGUUCCUGGGUAACGUGCUGGUGGAUCCUACAGCCCAGAUAGGGGAGAACUGCACCAUCGGGCCCAACGUGACCAUCGGGGCGGGGGUGGUGCUGGAGGACGGGGUCAGGAUUAAAAGGUGUACGGUACUGAAGGGGUCAAGGGUCAGAUCACACUCUUGGCUCGAGUCCUGCAUCGUAGGGUGGAGCUCCUCCGUAGGACAGUGGGUGCGUAUGGAGAAUGUGACCGUCCUCGGGGAGGAUGUUAUUGUGAACGACGAGCUCUACCUCAACGGUGCCAACGUGCUUCCUCACAAGUCCAUCACCGACUCCGUGCCUGAACCGCGCAUCAUCAUGUAGUUCUAGAACAACAGACAGGCCACCAGCGCUUUCUUAGAACCGGGCCUCAAGCGCUUGAAGUGCCACAGAGAUGGGUUUCCAGUAAUACUGGGUGCCGUUCCGAUUCUGCUGACAUUCUACUCCUUGUCCUCCGUCAUAUGCUAUAUGUUUAGCACGGAGGAGUGGAACGAAGGCAGAAACAGACUAGUACCCAGGCUAGGGUACCCAGGCUAGGAUCUGGGUGCUUACAUUUUAAACCAAGGACAACUAGCUAGCUACGGCCUGGUCUAGAACCCUAGACUCUUAAGUAGAUCUGAAACAGUUGGUUAGUUGAGGUCCACGCAGUAUGAUAGUAGCAUCACCUCGCCUUCUGGUGGGUUAGGGGGUGUUUUUAAAACACUUCUCUUUUUCAAAAUACAUGUUUGUGUUUCAAUGAGGCAAACCUGUAUAAAUAAAGGAUCCAUUUUUGCCAUAUUGCUGACCCCUAUCCAAUCCUCUUAUAUGUACACUAGGGGUUGAUUCUGGCUGGUUAGGGGUUGAUUCUGGUCUGUCUGGUUAGGGGUUGAUUCUGGUCUGGCUGGUUAGGGGUUGAUUCUGGUCUGUCUGAUUAGGGGUUGAUUCUGGUCGGGUCUGGCUGGUUAGGGGUUGAUUCUGGUCUGUCUGGUUAGGGGUUGAUUCUGGUCUGUCUGAUUAGGGGUUGAUUCUGGUCUGUCUGGUUAGGGGUUGAUUCUGGUCUGUCUGGUUAGGGGUUGAUUCUGGUCUGUCUGGUUAGGGGUUGAUUCUGGUCUGGCUGGUUAGGGGUUGAUUCUGGUCUGUCUGGUUAGGGGUUGAUUCUGGUCUGUCUGGUUAGGGGUUGAUUCUGGUCUGUCUGAUUAGGGGUUGAUUCUGGUCUGUCUGAUUAGGGGUUGAUUCUGGUCUGUCUGAUUAGGGGUUGACUCUGGUCUGGCUGGUUAGGGGUUGAUUCUGGUCUGGUCUGGCUGGUUAGGGGUUGAUUCUGGUCUGGUCUGGCUGGUUAGGGGUUGAUUCUGGUCUGGUCUGGCUGGUUAGGGGUUGAUUCUGGUCUGGUCUGGCUGGUUAGGGGUUGAUUCUGGUCUGGUCUGGCUGGUUAGGGGUUGAUUCUGGUCUGGUCUGGCUGGUUAGGGGUUGAUUCUGGUCUGGUCUGGCUGGUUAGGGGUUGAUUCUGGUCUGGGUUGAUUCUGGGUUGGCUACCUGUCAGUAUGGUGGUAGAACUGGAUAGACAGUCAGGGUCUGAAAUGGCACCCUAUUCCCUAUUUAGUACACUACAUUUGACUGGUGGCUCUGGUUGACAGUAGUGCACUAAAUAAGGAUUAUGGUGCCAUUUGGGAUGUUUAUGCUCUGCUGCCAACCUCUUCUUCUGCUGGCAGUCUACUGGCUCUACUGUUGAUUUGAUUAGGACCCUCAUUGGUCAAUAGAAUAUAAUUUUAAAUACAUGUUUUGAUCUUAAGGAUUCUGGUUAAGCUGAUCAUUUUAGAUGCAACAGUGUCUGUAAAACUAUCCCCUUUUGUGAGCCGUUCCAUUUGAUCUCAUAAUCGCAGGAUACUCUUAAAAGUCCUUCUUCGCAUCCUGUCUCCUGCUUUGUUUCUGAGAGGAAAGGAUGUGAGGAAUCAAGGAAGCACUUUUGAGAUUUAUUCAAACCCUAAACAUAUUAUUGCCUGUCUUUUUUUUAAGAGGAAUUGUUUUGUCAGUGACUGAUCCGAUUGUGUUUUCCCCCAAGACCACUAGAGUACUGAGAUAUAGAGUUAAACGUCCAGGUUGUAAAAUAUACAUAUUUCGCUUCUAAAGGUGAGCGGUAGGUUUGAAUAUUCCCGUUAACUUUCCUCAAAUUUGCCUGUUUUCCAGAAAUCCUUGUUUGGAAUAUUCCUGGAAUUACAAGGGAAUAACUAGGAAAUCCAGCCAGGAUUUUGAUGAAAAUCCAGGGAAUUUUUACAGAAGUUAGUGGAAUUUUGCGACUAGGUUGACGUAAAGAUUGUUCUUCAAUGUAUCCCUUUUCCAAUCGAUUUGUGAUGUGUCAAUCACCAUGGAAGCGAUCAGUGGACCUGUCAAUCAAACAGUAACUACUGAUGAUGUCACAAUCAAGUGAACUCCUUUUAAUUAAGUAGUUUUAUCAUAAUAUAAUUAAUUAAUUGAACUUGUUUUGUUUUUUUUCCCCCCUAAUUUUUCUAUCACAAUUGUCUAAUGUAUGUAAUAUGGUUUGAGAUUUAUUGAUGAACAAUAUCAAUAAAAGUGAGAAAUGUCUCUCAAACACAUCUCUACCUUA